AUCAAUUUCAAAGGAAGUUAAGUUGCAAUUAAGAAAGUUAAAAUUAUAAAGGCCGAAGCCAAAGGAUUGAUAUGGGCCUCAACAGAAAAUCUUGAGAAGUAGAAUCCUAAUCCAAUUGCAACCUUAGGAAAAGCGAAGAAGAGUUGUUUGAUCAAUGUAAACAGCUCAAGUACAAGAAUCUGCAAGAAACCAACAGAAACUGAACGCACAAACACAGACACAAUGGAGGUGGAGAAGGAGACAUCAACUGUACUAGGAGAAUUGGUAGCAGCUCUAGAGCAAGCAACCCUAAUGGCGAAGCAACUCCCCGCCACCACCGACCCCUCUCAACUCCUCCAAAUUCACGCCACCCUCCACUCCGCCCACCACCAUCUCUCUCUUUUCUUGUCCCACCACCAUCCUCCGACUCCGCCGCUGCCGUCGCACCACCCACAAUCCACCAUCCUCCCACCUGAAAACUCGGUCUCCUCAGCCGUGGGCGGUGGUGGCCACGAGGAUGAUGAGGGCGGUGAGCCCAUGCAAGUGGGCGAUGAUGAGGAUGAGCAGGACUCCAGGGCCGCCACCACUGUUGAGAAAGUUGAGGAGAGGAUGAGGGAGUGUUUUAUACAGAAUAAAAGGCCGAAGAGGCAGCUUUCUCCUUCGGCAGCGGAGCAGUGGCGGAGCUAUGAGAAUUAUGCGGCGGCCAGCGAGUUUGAUCCUGUUGGGACUAAGCUGAGGUCUCUUGGUCUAGUUUAUCAGUUCCAUGCCUGAAAAUUACCCUGUAAUUUCACAGUUCAAUUUGUAGAUCAUUUGAUUCAUAUAAAAGGCUGAAACACCAGCAAAUGUGUGUGAUAAAUUACUCA